GUUCUUUCCAAAGGACCUACAAGAUGGCAGAAGUGGAGCAGAAGAAGUGGACCUGCCACAAGUUCACCCACCGUGGCAUGGAUCUCGACCAGCUGCUUGACUAGUCCUAUAAGUAGCUGACACAUCUCUACAGUGCCAGGCAGGGGAACCCAGGCCUACAGAGGAAGCAGCACUCACUGCCAAAGCACCUGAGCAAGGCCAAGAAGGAGGCACCACCCAUGGAAAAGGCCAAAGUGGUGAAUGUGCAUGUGCAAGACAUGAUCAUCCUGCCAGAGAAUGCAGGCAGCAUGGUGGGUGUGUACCAUGGCAAGGUGGUACACACCCAGGUGGAAAUCAAGUCAGAGAUGGAUGGUCACAACCCGGGUGAGUUCUUCAUCACCUACAAGCUGGUACAGCACGGUCAGCUCGGUGCUCGGGCCACCCACUCCUCCCACUUCAUCCCUCUCAAGUAGCCCAUAAAAGCACAGACUUAUUUAAAAAAAAA